AAAGAUUGUUUAUUAGAAGAAAAAACACCGAUUUCACAAUUAUCAAUUUCUUCUUCGGAAAAUAAAAGAAUUCGACCUAAUAUGACUAUAGUUAAACCACCUCUUCCAUUUACCCCUCUAUCAAAUCAACUUUUACCUCCAUCACUUAAUAUUAAUAAUCAUCCUUUACUUUUCUUCUACCACAAACAUCACCAACAACCAAUAAUAAUAGAUUUAUAUCAUCUCCAUCACGAAUUCCUAGGUCACGACCUAAUUCACUUAUACUUUCUGAUUCUUCUAAUUCCUCCGUCACCACCAUCACUAAAUAAUAAUUUACUAGAUUAUUCACCAAGUAAUUCACCGAAUAGUCACUCCAAUAGUUCUUCAUCAUCC